AUGUCCAAGGUCAUCAUCACCUCACAGGUCGUCGUGCAGCCGCAGGCCCACGACCACCACACCUUCCCCAUCAGCAUCACGGGCAACAGCCUGGCGAUGGGUCCGCCCGUGCCGCCGGUCUGGUUCCUCAACGGCGCCGUCGACACCGACGUGCUCCUCAAGGCGCUCGACACGGUCGCGAAUGCGUACCCGCACACGAGCUACACCAUCACCGACAAGAUCCCCCCCAGUGCUGGUGACGCCGCCGCCGCCGCCGCGCACACCAAGCGCCAUGGCCGCCUCUGGGCGGUGCACGACGACAAGUCGCCCGGCAUCCUCUUCACCGCCGCGACGUGCGACGGCCCGAUCGCCGACGCCCUCCCGCACAAGCUGAGUGACAGCACCGCCGACGCGAGCCCGUGCUCGAGCAACCUUCUGUGCACCGCCCACAAGGUCGUGCGCCUCCGCCCGCACUACGUGCCCGGCCACGCCCUCGUCGCGCAGCUCACGUCGUUUGACGACGGCGCCGCCCUCGCUGUGCUGGGCACGCACGCCCUCUUCGACACGCACAGCGUGCUCCGCUUCGUGCACGACUGGGCGGCGGUGUACACCGCCCUCAAGGAGGGCAAGGCUGCGCCCCAGAUCGCCGCGACGCCCGCCGCCUUCACCGAGGUGGACAAGCACGCCGCGGGCGACAUCGACGCGGACGCGGAGGACGCCGGCAUCAAGGCGCGCGCCGCUGAGCUCCCCGGUCGUCGCCUGGACGUGUACGCCUCUGACCCUAAGCUCGCGCUUCCUUUCCUCGUCGUCGAGCCGGUCGAUGGCAUCGCCCCGCCGCUCGAGGGUAACCCCCACCGCAUGCCGUGGGAGACUUGGGACUGGCGUAACAACGACAGCGUGGAGCGCACCGUCACACUCUCGCCCGCCGCUGUCGGCAAGGCGUACGAGCUGUGCGGCGAGGGCGGCAAGACGCACCUUGACGCGCUUCUUGGCUUUAUCUGGCGCGCAAACGUGCGCGCGCGCAACCUCGCCCCCGAGACGGAGGUGCACUUCUCCAGCACUGUCGGCGUGCGCCGCCGCCUCGGCCUCAAGGACUGGGACAGCGGCGCGCCGGUGCUCAUGGCAAGCUCGGCGGCGUCAGUUGCCGACCUCGAGACCGGUGCCGCUGCGGCCAUCCGCAAGUCGCUCGACGCGUUCACGCCCGAGAAUGUCGGGGUUGCGCUGCACCACAUGGCGUUCGCGUCCGACCCGGUCCGCGAGGCCAACUACUUCUUCGGGGAGCGCGCGAUGGUCGCGACCAGCUGGCUCGGGUACGCGCUCUACGACGUCAAGUUUGGUUCCGCGGCCCCGGUGCACGUCCACCCCGCGUUCCAUGCCGUCGACGGCCUCGUGCUCGUCCUCCCCCGCAACAGCGGCGGGCACGGCGCCGAGUGGUGGAAGACCGGUGCGAGCGUGUGGCUCGCGCUCAAGGCUAACGUCAUGGAGCGCGUGCUUGCCGAGCUCGAGGGGCUGGACACGGCGUAG